GUGCGAGCGCUAAACGUCAUUCAUCUCUAAAUAUUUGCGCAUGUGUUUUCAAAUGCUUGAAAUACCUAAUUAUCAUUAUCUAUCUUUCAAUAGUUUUAUAGCUUAUAGUUGAUAAAAAUUGAGUUAUUUUGGUAAAGUGCGGAUUUCAAAUGUAUAAACUUUAUUUUUAAAAAGUAUUAAAAAAGUUUGUCUUGCUCUUCGUGUGAGAAGUAAAUAUUGAUUCAAGGCCGUAGGAAUGGCAAAACCAAGAACCAAAUGGACUGAUCUUACCAAACCACUUAGCACUCCAGUGCUCCAAGUGAUAGAGGGACUCGGCUUUUGCAAAAUGACUCCAGUUCAGGCAGCAACGAUUCCAUUACUUUUGUCUUACAAAGAUGUUGCUGCCGAAGCUGUCACUGGAUCCGGGAAAACACUGGCGUUUCUUGUACCUCUACUGGAAUUACUAUUAAAACGACAGUAUGGAACGGCUUGGAAAAAAACAGAAAUCGGCGCUAUAAUCAUUUCGCCUACACGUGAAUUGGCCACCCAGAUAAGUGAUGUGUUGUUUGAUUUUCUUCAGCAUGAGAAGCUGGGGAUUUUCAAGCAGAAGCUUCUGAUAGGUGGAAAUUCAGUCGAUGAGGAUGUUGAUUCGAUUAGAAAAGAAGGAGCUAAUGUGUUAAUAGCAACACCCGGAAGACUGAAAGAUUUGCUAGAAAGGAAGGGUGAUUUAAAUUUAACGGCAAAGGUUAAGAGUUUAGAACUUUUAGUACUCGAUGAAGCUGAUCGGUUGCUAGACCUUGGUUUUGAAUCCACCGUCAAUACUAUCCUAGGAUAUUUACCACGGCAAAGAAGAACCGGUCUAUUUUCGGCCACACAAACCAAGGAGGUUAAAGAUUUGAUGCGAGCUGGUUUGCGAAAUCCGGUUCUGGUUAGUGUUAAGGAGAAGGCCACUGUUAGUACACCAAAACUGUUGCAAAACUUCUACAUGAUCGUAGAACCAGAGCAAAAGCUUGUUGUAAUGUUGGAUUUCAUAGAAGGCAAGGAACUUAAGAAAGCGAUGAUAUUUUUCCCUACGUGUGCAUGUGUUGAAUAUUGGGCAAUUGCUCUAGCGGAGCUCCUGAAAACAAGAAGAGUACUAUCUCUUCAUGGAAAAAUGAAAGCUCAACGAAAUCGAAUACUUAAAGAUUUUAAGGAAUCGGAAAAUGCUCUUCUCCUUUGCACGGACUUGCUAGCACGAGGUGUUGAUAUCCCGGAGGUUGACUGGGUCUUACAGUGGGAUGCACCUUCCAACGCUGCUGCGUUCGUUCAUAGAGUUGGUCGAACUGCGCGACAAGGAAAUGAGGGGAAUGCCCUCAUAAUGCUGCUUCCCACAGAAGAUACCUACGUCGAUUUUCUUACCCGAAACCAGAAAGUUUCAUUGAAAAAAGUAACACUUGAACCGAAUGACAAGAGGUUUCAGAUCGUUUUGAAAACACUCCAUCGCCUUCAAAAAAGUGAUCGUGGUAUUUACGAUAAAGCCAGUCGAGCUUUCGUGUCACACAUACAAGCCUACAGCAAACAUGAAUGCAAUUUAAUUCUUCGAGUAAAAGAUCUCGAUCUUGGAAAGAUUGCUACCAGCUAUGGUCUACUGCAACUGCCUAAAAUGCCUGAAAUGAAGGAUCACUUCAAGAUGUCUUUCCAGGGCCCCGUAGAUGAAGUAGAUAUUUAUAAGCUAACUUACAAGGAUAAACAAAAACAGGCAUCACACGACAUCAAGCUAAAACUUUUCAAGGAAACCGGCGAGUGGAAGGGCAAGAAGAAAUUUUUGAAAAAGAAAUCCAUUCCCUGGGAACUGGCCAAACAAGAACGGGAAGAGCGAAAGGAGAUACGCAAGAAACGACGCGAAGCUAAACAGAAACGCAAAGCAAUCAUAGAGCAUGGUGAUGUGGAAGCUAUCAAAAAGAAGAAGACAAAAUUCUCGAAGGAUGAACUGGAGGAACUUGCCAACGAUAUCCGUACUUUGAAAAAGCUUAAAAAAAAGAGAAUUACUGUAGAAGAGUGUGACGAUAAGCUGGGACUUAUGAGUGAUGAUAGUGAAUAAGAGUCGAUCACUUUAUGUGAAUAGCACUAGGGGCA